AUGCCUCUUUCCAACCGCCGUCGCGCGCGGCGCAAGGAUAUUCAACUUCAAGAAACUUCAGACGCGGAGGCCCCGGAUUCAUCGCCCACGCGACCCUCGAACAAAAAGCGCAAGGUCGAUAAUCGGACCUCUCCCCAGCUCUCCCGACCUGUGAAAGCCGAGUCCGCGGACGAGGCAGAUGAUUCAUCUCCGGAGCGUGAAUUGUCGGAAAAUCAGGACCUGGUCGACCUAGUCAUUUCGUAUCUCGACGCCGCCCGCGAAGAAGUUCGCGUUCUCCGAGACCAUUCCAACGCGAAAACCGAGAACAAGCAAAGUAUCCGCGCAUACGCAAAAAUCGCCGGGCGAAAUUGGACCUACUACGUGAAGUCGCUCCAUGUCAACAUCGGCCGCGAGCCAGAUCGCGAACAGAAGCUAGACGAGCAGUCGAGUCCCGUUACGAUCGCUGCGCGAGCGCUUCCUGAAGUUCACGUCGACCUGGGCCCGAGCAAGUUUGUGUCGCGCCUGCACGCGGAGAUUUUCUACGAUGGUGAGGACACGGCUUCCUGGCACAUUCGCGUCAACGGCCGCAACGGCGUCCGCCUCAACCAUGCGAUCCUCAAACGCGGCACCGACGCAGUUUUGUCGUGUGGCGAUAUUAUCGAAAUUGCCAAUACUCAGAUGAUGUUCGUCACACCCGGCGACAAAGCGAACAUCCACCCUAGCUUCGUCGAACGCGCACAACGCAUCGCAAAUGGACAAGAGGAGCCGGUGACAUGGGCCGCCACUCAGCAUGCGCAUCCUAAUGCUGCGAUUGAAGCUCCGGACGGCGCAACAAACCCAACAACAGGCGCUCCAGCACUCGCACCGGCGCCGCAAUUUCUCAAACGUCAAGUUACUCCCCCACCGCGCUCGCCUGACACUGUUGGGGCGCGGACUGCCAAACAAUCACCGCUGUAUAACCGGGGCAUGAUGAUGGAGAGUACCGAGGAGAUCGAUUAUAGCAAGGACGCCGCGAAAGAUCUGAAGCCGCCUUAUAGCUAUGCUACACUCAUUGCACAGGCCAUUUUCUCAAGUGAGGAAGAAAAGCUUACGCUCAACAACAUUUACAACUGGAUUAUGGACAAAUACGCGUUUUAUCGACAUUCCCAAAGUGGCUGGCAGAAUUCGAUUCGACACAAUCUCUCAUUGAAUAAAGCAUUUCAGAAAGUUCCCCGUCGGACUGACGAACCAGGAAAAGGCAUGAAGUGGCAGAUUGCGCCAGAGUACCGCGAAGAAUACUGGAAGAAGCAGCUUCGCAAGGGCACUCAAUCGUCGGCUCCUUCAUCGCCAGCGACCAAAGAUUCUACGGCCGCGAGGAGCGCCGCAGCAAGCGGAAUGGAGUCUGUUUUCUCUGCUGCUCCUGUCGAAGCGUACACUCCUGAGCGAGGAUCGCGAGCCGGGCGAAAUGGCGUCGUAGAGCCACCGUCGCUCAGACCACCAGCAAACCAGCGUGACUACGAAGAGCCCUCGCCAUUACCGACCCGUUCCGCUGCGAGGCAAAAUGCGUCCGGUCUUAGUCGGACGUACGGGCUUUCAGACAACGCCACAAGAUCUCCGCCAGUACUGUCAUCUUCAUAUUACGACGACGGGCCAUCGUCAAUGAUUACACCCGCGCCACAACGUCACCAGCCCCGGCUUCCACCACCAAGCACUGCACAGGUUCCGUCCAAGUUCAUGCCAAUGAGCUCGCCCGCCCAGUUCUGGAAGUUCGCCGAUAUCGGAAGUACGCCUGCGCGUCCUGUUGCUGACAUGAGCCCGCUGAAAGGUGAACCUGGAGAUGUCCUUGGUAAUAUUCCCAGUAGCAGUCCGCCGCCGCCGAACCUUGUCAGUCCAAGCAAACCAGGCACGUCGAACGGUGUUGGAACUGGACGACCUCUUUCUGCUCGGCGAGACGAUGUCCGACCACUCAACGGCGUGGAUGAGCGGGCACAUAUAGAGGAGGAGGAAGGAGAAGAUGACGGCGCAGGAUUCGAUCUAGCUCGCGGCUUCCAGCCCAUUGGAUCAUAUCACCGCCAACUAAGCAACGCAGCUCGCGCGAGCGCAGCGACAAGCUGA